AGAUGGGAUGUCCUCUAUCUAACCCACCACCACACACACCCCCAAUCUAAAACCCGCACAUGUAUAUUUGUAAACAAGUCCCUAGAUACUAAUCAUUGGAGACAGAUACCCUUUUCCUCAUCUGAUGUCACUAUUGUACAACUAUCUGGACCAUACAGAACUUGUACCAUCCUGAACAUAUACAACAAC